AUAACAACACAGUGAAGUUCCGGUGUAGAAGCUAACUGACUAGCAGCAGAUAACACCAGUAAACACCGUGAGGCUCGGUUCGGCUCGGCUCGGCUCGGUUCUUCUUCUCUGACGGGAACCAGUCAGUCCUCUUCAGCAGCAGAGCAGCGACCCCCCGCCGGAGAGAUGCCUGAAACUGAGAGUUACUCCAACCCUCUGGCUCCUGAGGGCCACGAGCUGGACGACCACCGAGCUGCUGCUCAGUCCAAACUGACCAACGAUGACUUCAGGAAGCUGCUGAUGACGCCGAGGGCCACGCCCUCCUCGGCCCCGCCCUCCAAGUCCAGACACCAUGAAAUGCCAAGGGACUACAACGAGGAUGAGGAUCCUGCAGCGAGGAGAAGGAAGAAGAAGAGCUACUAUGCUAAGCUACGUCAGCAGGAGAUGGAGCGAGAGAGAGAGCUGGCUGAGAAGUACCGCGACCGAGCGAGAGAGCGACGAGACGGCGUUAACAAAGACUAUGAAGAGACGGAGCUGAUUAGCACCACCGCUAACUACAGAGCUGUAGGACCCACCGCUGAGGCAGACAAGUCCGCAGCAGAGAAACGUCGUCAGCUGAUCCAGGAGUCUAAGUUCUUGGGAGGUGACAUGGAGCACACUCACUUGGUGAAAGGUCUGGACUUCGCUCUGCUGCAGAAGGUCCGAGCUGAAAUCACCAGUAAAGAGAAAGAAGAAGAAGACAUGAUGGAGAAAGUCCAGAAAGAGGCCAAGAAGGAUGUGGAGCCGGAGGAGAAGAUUGAGUUCAAGACUCGUCUCGGUAGGAAUAUCUACCGGGUGGUGUUCAGGACGGGUCAGGUGGAGAGGAACGAGCUCUUCCUGCCCGGCAGGAUGGCGUACGUGGUCGACCUGGACGACGAGUUCACCGACACCGACAUCCCAACAACUCUGAUCCGCAGCAAAGCCGACUGCCCGAGUAUGGAGGCUCAGACGACUCUCACCACCAACGACAUCGUGAUCUCGAAGCUGACUCAGAUCCUGUCGUACCUCAGACAGGGAACGCGACACAAGAAGAUCAAGAAGAAGGACAAAGGUAAACUGGACGAUAAGAGGGCUCCUGAGGCUGAUCUGAGUAUCUUCGAGGACAUCGGGGACUACAUCCCGUCCUCCACCUCGUCCUCCAAACCUCCCAAAGACAAAGACAGACACCGAGAGAGAGAGAGGGAGAGAGAGAGGGAAAGAGAGAGGGAGAGGGAGAGAGAGAGGGAGAGAGAGAGAGAAGAAGACAAGAACAGGAGACACAGUUACUUUGAGAAACCACGAGGAGACGAACACCAGGUCCUGGAGGCGGAAACAGGUCCCGGAUCAGUUAGAGACCAGAUCAAGAUGAUCAAUGAGAAGUUUGCAGGAGCAGCAGGCAGCCAAUGGCCGGGCCAGGAACCUGGUUCUCAGAGGAGAGACGGGAAAGAACAACUGGGAGAUUUCUUUGGAGGAUCAAACUCAUACGCAGAGUGUUACCCUGCUACGAUGGACGACCUGGCUGUGGACAGUGAUGAGGAGGUGGACUACAGUAAAAUGGACCAGGGUAAUAAGAAGGGUCCUCUGGGUCGGUGGGACUUCGACACUCAGGAGGAGUACUCAGACUACAUGAACAACAAGGAGGCGCUGCCAAAGGCUGCCUUCCAGUACGGCAUCAAGAUGUCUGAAGGCAGAAAGACUCGACGCUUCAAAGAGACCAAUGAGAAGGCAGAACUGGACCGACAGUGGAAGAAGAUCAGCGCCAUCAUCGAGAAGAGGAAGAAGAUGGAGGCUGACGGGGUGGACGUGAAGAGACCCAAAUACUGAAGACUUCCUCCGUUCUCUCUGCUGCUGUCCAACACGAUCAGUCAUUGAUCAGUCAUUGAUCAGUCAUUGAUCAGUCAUUGAUCAGUGACGUGAUUAUUAGUUUUUGUUGAAAACCUUAAAGAUUAAAUGUGACGAUCGAUCAGCUUCAUUAAAACAUUUUAAAGUUAAAUAACUCGACAUGUCUGUUAGGAACCUGAUACCUGAUGUUAUUGAUUAGUAACCUGAUACCUGAUGUUAUUGAUUAGUAACCUGAUAUAUGAUGUUAUUGAUUAGUUUGUGAUACCUGAUGUUAUUGAUUAGUAACUUGAUAUCUGAUGUUAUUGAUUAGUUUGUGAUAUAUGAUGUUAUUGAUUAGUUUGUGAUAUCUGAUGUUAUAGAAUAAUAAUUAAACAUCAAUGAAACAGA